AUCUCGAUCUUCAUUGUUUCCGUACAUCCACCAUCUGCAUCCAUACAUACAUGUAUGUACAUAUAUGUGCAUGCUGGCUCACCUGAUACCACAAUGGAGGGCAAGCACUUCCGCUUCACACGUCCUUAUCCACCGAUGGAUAAAGACCGUCCCGGCGAAUUAGGAUGGCAAUUCACCAAACAGAACCUAUCUCUCAAACACGCAACACCUCCGACUCAAGUGUCCAACACUACACCCAUCACACAGCAACCACGACCCAUCACGACCCCCAUCAAUCUUAACAACAGCAAACUCCUCUCCCUCCCGCAGGAACUCCGCCUAAUAAUCUACCACUACGUCCUCACGGACCCUUCCAACCCCAACCAAACCGUGGAAAUCUCCCGCCAGCCCCUCUCCCCAGUCAAAUCCUCCCUCCGCUUCCCGAACCCAGCAAUCCAAUUCACCAUUUCCCCGCCGCGCAACUCCCCCAUCAACACGGCGCUCCUCCGCGUCAACUCCGCAAUCUACAAUGAAGCGCUCCCGGUCCUGUAUCACUCGAUCCGCUUCGCAGUCGUCGACUUGCAAGGCAUCUUCCCUUUAUUCCUCAACUCGCUGCCGGACGCGAACCGCGCGCUGAUGCGCUACGCGAAACUGCGGAUCCCGGCGUCGCUGUACGACGUCGACAUGUUUCCCGACCCGCCCGUCGCGACGCUGCUGUUCCACUGGGCGUUAACGUGUGCGCAGGUUGCCAAAGUCGAGGGGUUGUGGGAUGUCGAGGUUGAAGGGUUGAGGGGGAUUUUCGAGGGCGGCGGGAGGUUGGAGCGCGGGUUGUUGGGGCCGCUGGCGCGGAUGAAGGUGAAGAAGGUUUUUUGUGGUGGGGAGGCCGUGGAUGCCGAGAGGAGGUUGGAGGCUGUGGGGGAUAGGCUCAAGUUGCAGGAUGCCGAGAGGAGGUUGGUGAGGGGGGAGGAUGGCGAUGAGAAAGAGGAUGUGGUGGAGGGCGGUGCUGAGGAAGGGAAACAGAUCGCGAUGCCUUCAUCUUCUACUUCUGAUGAGUCGACGCCUCCUGCAGACAACACCGACUCAUCGCUCUCAUCAAACCCACCUGCCACCACUAUCGUCACAAACGUCAUCACAAGCAACAACAACAACCACCAACCCCGCAUCUACGAAGACGACCCUCCCCCCUACACCAGCCCAACAGACUGGGACAUCACCUCCCUAGACUGGGACGUCACCAGCUUCUAUUCCCCGACGUCGCCGUCCCCUUCGUCCCCUCUCUUUCCCGCAUCACCAACAUCCACGGAUAUGUCCGAAGGAAUCAUGGUGAGCAGCCCCGUCUCGUUUGAUGCGUUUAGCAGUGAUGGGGAGAUGAUGUGGGAUGAGUUGAAUAGUAGCGGUGGUGGCAGUGGUGACGCAGAAAGGGGGGAAGGAGAAGAGAGACAUGGGGUGUAA